AUGGACCAAGAUGGGCUUGAGGAGCAGCCUGGCCUCCAGUAUGGGAAGCUGCUGCUGGACGGAGCUGGUGCCACCCAGGAGCCGGGGAGAGGCACGGAGGCCGAGAGACCGGCAUCGUUCCCUGGGAGAGCCGGCGCUGGGGCGGCGGGGGCUCCUGCCGGGAGCGGAUCCGCAGAGAUGCAGCCCACGGCGGGAGUGCGGGACCCCCGGGAGGGGCGGCGCCCGGGUACCGGGAGCGCGGAGCCGGCCACCCCACGCCUGUCCCCCGCUGCCCCGCCCGGGCAGCCUCCGCCCACCGCCCGCUCCCAGCCACCUGUGUCCCGCUUGACCGGAGGGGCAGAGCUGCCCUCCUCCCCCCGUCUCACCACCCACCCUCCCGGCUCGGGGGUGCCCCUCCCCACCGGGCACCAGGGUCCCGCACCCAGUGCGAUCCAUCCCCCAGAGGCAGGGUCACUGCCCGGCCCCGGCGGUGCCAUCGCCCCGGGGCUCCCUGCAGACGCCCCGGGGCUCCCUGCAGACGCCCCGCCCGUGUCUCUGCCGUCCCCGGGGCCCCUUCCCACUCCGGCCGGGGGGGACAGGUCAGCUGAAGCGCCAGGUGCGUCCCUGCCCUCCGGACCGGCCGAGAGCGGGAGAGCCCAGGGAGGGAGCGCCGGAGGGAGCGCCUCCACUGCGCCGCCCGUCCAUGUGAUCACACGAGGACCAACCUGGUCCCCCACUGACCGGGCCCCGCCCACCAGACAGGCCCCACCCACUGGCCAGGCCCCGCCCAUUAGCCAGGCUCUAUCAUCCGACAAGGCCCCGCCCACUGACCAGGCCCCGCCCACUGACACCUCCCCCUCCAACCAGACCACGUCCACUGACCAGACCCUGCCCUCUGGUCAGACCCAUCUGGCUGCUGUGACCUCUACCGAGUCCCAUUUGGGCUCCAGACCCUCAGUGCUGCCUCCCACUACUGAAACCCUCCCACCCAGUGGUCCUUCAGCAGAGCUGGUCCCCACUUCCGCAGCUGCUCCUUCAGGGACUUCCACCGGACUGGACAGCCCCAUGGCGAGCGACCCCUUGGGCGACACCAAUUGGAUUCACCCCAGUUGGGCCUCGGGCGUUGGAGACCCAUCCGAGGAGCUCCUGUGUGACUUCGAGCACGGUCUGUGUGGCUGGCAACAGUGUGAGACCGACGAUUUCGACUGGAUGCCUCAUCACUACCAAAUGUUCUCGAGGAAGAUGGGACCGAAAGCAGAUCACAGCAAAGGCCAGUGUAAAGGGCGAGGAGGUCGUUACCUGUACCUGGAGGCAUCAUUCCCUCGGCAGUGUGGAGAGAAGGCUGUGCUCAUCAGUCCUUUACUGAGGGGACACAGGUGCCUGUCGUUCUGGUACAACAUGUACGGGAAGCACAUAGGCUCCUUAAAUGUAUAUCUGAGGUACGAGAGCUCCCCACACUGGCACGAGCUGUGGUCUGUCACGGGAAACCAGGACCGCAAGUGGCUGAAGGCUGAGGCUGAUGUGCUCACCAAUGGACAGGCAUAUCGAGUGAUAAUUGAAGGGGUGCUGGGCCUGAACUCUCAGAGGGAUGCUGCAAUCGAUGACCUGCACGUCUACAGGCAGAGCUGUGCCGCGGGCAGGAAACACCGAGACUCGAACUGCCCCCGGCACGAAGGAAAGGAAGGAACCUCGGCCGGCUGAGGCAGCUGUGACCACAGAUUCCUUGCGGACUGCUGCCGAGGUGCGGUGUCCGUGACGGGCGAGGCAGACUGUGUGUUCACAGGUGGCGCCUGUGGGUCCAGUGGUGAUCGGUGCCUUCCGACAGCACAGAGCUCUUUCUAAUAUCUGGCGUCCUCCCUAGUGCUGGGCUCCAGCAACGUAUU